AUGUAUUUUCUCCUUACAGCAAAAUCAAGUUUAGUAAUCACUUGUAGUGAUACAAAUCACUGCCAAAUAUGCCAUCAAAUUGUGAGAAGUUGCUUUUUAUCUGGAACUUCAGAAAUUGCAAAAUGUGUGUCUUGUGAAGAGAAGCAUCAUAAUAUUCUGCCUUGUUUAGAAUAUUCAAAGGAAAUUUUAAUGAGUAAAAGUGAAAUUGAGGCAUUUGUUGAAUUGCACGAAGAAGAUUAUUUGAAAGAGGAAAAUUUCAAUAGUUUAGUUGAAGAUAUAGUUGAUUUUUCUAAGGAGGUAUUAGGACAAUCCACAGAAGAAGAAGAAAAAGACAUUGAAUUAAAAAAAAAAAAGAUUAGACAAUUAUGUCUUUAUGUUAAUUUUCAUGAUACAUAUGAAAAUGCAAAAUUACAUGAACAAGCACCAGUUGAAAUGGUGCAGGAGCAUAUCAAAGAUGUUAUUAGUAAAUUUACAACUGAUAAUGUAGAUAUGGAAAAAGUAAAAAAACUACUAAGUCAUCCUGCUUUAUGUCUAAAAAAUCCCGAUGAAUGGGUAACUGACAGAUUAGGUUUAGCAGAUCUUGAUAUCCCUUCUUCUGGAGUUUUAAGUCAUAAUGAACUUCUUGAAUCAUAUGAAGAUCAUAAUUUAAAGAAUAAUUUUACUGACAAUAAUUCAAAAUGUACUAAAGAACACUGUAACAGAUUUGAUGAUCCAAGUGAAUGUGAAUACAAUAUUAGAGUUUUAAAUCAAAAAUCUUGUGGUAAUUGUUGGGCAUUUGCUGCUUCUACUGUUGUAUCAGCUUAUAGAUGUAGAUCAGGUUUAGGAUUUGCUGAACCUUCAGUUAAAUACACGACAUUAUGUAAAAGCAAAUUUUUUGGAGGAGGAUCUAGACGUAGUUAUUAUCCAAGUUAUACCUCUUCAGCAUGCAAUGAAGGAGGACAUAUAGUACAAUUUUUAAAAGUAUUAGAACGCACAGGAACAUUACCAACGUCCACUAAUGUUCCCUACUUUCCGCCAUUGAAUGUACCUCAAUGCCCUAGUGUUGAUCCAUCGUGGCCAAAUAUAUGGGAAAGGGUUACAUUGUUAAAUACUGGAAAUUAUGGUUAUACAUAUCAUGGAUUUUGGAAAAUAAGUUUCAGAGAAUAUGCACAAAGUAAUAGGACGCAGGACUUAAUAAAUAUAUUAAAGGAUUUAGUUAUGAGACAAGGUGCUAUAUUUGUAACGAUGCGUGUAUCUGGAAAAGUAAGUUAUAACCAUGAUGGAUCUCGUCCUAUGAUGAAUUGUGAAUAUGGAACACCAGAACAUGCAUUAACAUUGAUAGGAUAUGGAAAUUACACUGGAUAUGGAGGAAGGCAAAGUUCCUAUUGGUUAAUUAGAAACAGUUGGGGACAAAAUUGGGGAGAUGAUGGAAAUUUUAGAAUUGAUAUGUAUGGGCCAUCCAGCUGUAGUAAUGGAGUUUUAGCUGAUGCUUACCCUUUAAAUUUAAGAAUGGAAGGUAGAAGAAUAGAUGUUCAAUUACCUAUUGAUUAUGCUUCAAAAGAUUCACACAGAAGAAAUCAUCCUAAUCCAAAUCCAUACCCUUAUCCUCCUCCUCCUCAACCUCCAUCUCCAAGUCCCAGACCAAAUCCAUACCCAGGUCCUAGUCCAAACCCAUAUCCUAGACCAAAUCCAAAUCCAUAUCCUUAUCCUCCUCCUCCUCAACCUCCAUCUCCAAGUCCCAGACCAAAUCCAUACCCAGGUCCUAGUCCUAGUCCUAGUCCUAGUCCUAGUCCAUACCCAAGUCCCAGCCCAAGUCCAUAUCCAAGUCCUAGCCCUAGUCCAUACCCAAGUCCAAGUCCCAGUCCAUAUCCAAGCCCUAGACCAAGUCCAUACCCAAGUCCCAGUCCUAGUCCAUACCCAAGUCCCAGUCCUAGUCCAUACCCAAGUCCCAGUCCUAGUCCAUACCCAAGCCCCAGUCCUAGUCCAUACCCAAGCCCUAGACCAAAUCCUUAUCCAAGUCCUAGUCCCAAUCCAUAUCCAUUACCUAGUCCUAUGCCUAGUCCUUAUCCAUCACCUAGGCCUACGCCCAGAUUUCGUCCAAUACCUAACCCCUAUAUUAGACCAUAUCCUUAUAAUAGAUAUCCCUCAAGAUAUUAUCCAUACAAUGGAAAUUAUCGUUAUUAUCGUUAUAAUAGUGAAUCUUUAGGAAAAAAUCUUAGUUCAGGGGAAAAUGAAGAUGAAGUUGGAGAUAUGUUGAAUGUUUCAGAUCAAGAAAAAACAGCUAGUGAUGUAUUUGAUACUAGUUUAUUGGAUAUCAUGCAUGAAUCAGAUUCUACUGGUGAUAAGGAUAAAGCAUUUAAGCCUAAUAUUAAAAUUGAUAAUUCGGAUAAGGAACAUACGUCUGAUUCAGAUAAUGUUAAAUCGGACUCGAAAACUAAGCCUAAUUUAAAAGAGAACGUAACAAAAGACUCAAAAAAUAAAGAUAACUCAGAAGAAAAAGAAGAAACUUUUGAAACAGAUGUAUCUGUUAAAAUUGAUGGUGUUGAAUACAAAAGAACUGUUAUCUCUAAAAGAAAAGAUGAACAUAAAGAGGCUUAUUCGUGCUUAAGAACAUUUUCUUUGGAUCCUGCAUUUGAUUCAUUAUGUCGUAUAAAUUGUGAAAUGUUCUUAAAUAAUUGUAAAGAGUUUUCAUCAAUUGGUGAAUGCUUAAGAGAAUAUGCACCAGAUGACAAAUGUAUUUAUUGUGGAAUGUAA